UUAACGUGUCAUAAACAAAGAACAUGGCUGCCGUCGGGUACAACUGGCUGCUGGUCCUGAGCUCCGUGUUUUUGUGUAAUCUCGUCAAAAUAUUAUUACCUUCCAUUUCUUCACUCCUGUCGAAAAUCCUGCAGAAAGAUGCUGAUCAGGAAAUGGAGAUGCGAACAGAAAUCCAGAACAUGAGGUUGGAGCUUUCAUCGAUAAGCAUGAUGGAUGAAUUUGCCAGGUAUGCAAGACUGGAGCGCAAAAUAAACAAGAUGACAGACAAGCUGAAAACUCAUGUGAAAUCGAGAACGGCUCAACAAGCUAAAAUGAAAUGGAUUGUUAACAUCAUUUUCUACAUUCUUCAAGCGGCGUUCAUGAUCUCACUCAUUUGGAAGUAUUAUGCAGACCCGGUCACUGUGGUUCCUAGCAAGUGGAUUUCACCACUGGAAAGACUUGUAGCUUUUCCGUCUGGAGUGGCAGGUGGUGUUGGAAUAACAUGCUGGUUGGUGGUCUGCAACAAAGUGGUAGCCAUUGGCAUUCAUGCUUUUAGCUAAUUCCUGCUGUUUGACAUCUGUCUAUGCCUGUGGAAAUUUUUCACAAGAUGUCAAAAAUGUAUUUGCAAAAUGUGUUGUUAAUGAGACUUAUUAUUUUAUUAAAUUUUAUUAUUAUUUUGGCUAUUAAAUUGCCCACUUUGAGUUUAAGUAAGACUGAUAAAUCCAGUCCCUUUUUUCAGUUGUACAGCAAAUAAAAUCGCUUUUUGUUGGAAAUUUGUCAUUUUGAGCACAUAACUGUAAUUUGAUUUUACAUAUCAUUACACAUUUUUAACACCACAUUUUAAGAUGUGUUUAAUGUGAGGGGUUUAUGGUUAACAAAACUGUAAAUACAGCUGUGUCUAUUGUACUUGUAUAUCUCAUAAAUACAAAAAAAAUGGUUCCUGGUAGAUUACAGCUAAUGAAAUCAACAUUCCUGAACACAUAGUAAAACAAUUAGAACUGGAUAAUGAAAACACUAGUGACCUAAUGUAACUAUGGUUCUAUAAACACUGGAUAAAAACCAGGGAUGGAGAUUGUCAUGUGGAAACAUUCUUGUAUGCAUGUAGUCCUGGUAGCAGCAGUGCAGACUUCUUCAACUUGCUUUUAAGUAAUGUCCACGCAACGUAGAGGCCCCUCGAUGAAGGGCCCGGCUGUGAAGCCUGUUUGUAGGAUAUGGCAGUAAUGUCCAUUAUCCAGUGGGCAAACCAUUUUUAUAGGUUUUUAUCAAAACCCUGAUUUUCAUGUCUGGUUGUAUUCCAGAAUCACUUGCCCACCAAAGCAUGCGAUGGAAGAAUAUCACCCUGGCAGGCUGAGCUAAUCUCGAGCUAAGAGAGUUGUUAGGAAACCUCAUUUCCGUUUAUCAUGUGCUCCUACAGAGAGAGCUUAAAGGGCGCCAUAACAACGGAAGAUCUCAUUGGUGUUUCAACGUGCACUUUAAUCUGAGGACCCAAAUUCAUUGGCAUAGCAAAGAACUUGCCAAGGAUUUCAGACCACUUGUGAGAGUAGCGUUAAAAAACAGGGCCUUACUGGUCAUUUUUGGGACCAUGAGCCAGGACUGUUCAGUUGCCUUGCCUAGAUGUAGUCCAAAAGCACCACAGACAAGUGACUCGAGUUCAAUUUGCCUUUGUUGAAAUGGUCCAACUGUGUUUUGCCAAACUUUUCCCAGAUCUGGGACACAACCCCUGGUGCAGAUGUAAGGAUGGUGUGGCUAAACGCAGGUGGACCCACUUGUGAAUUUUUAUGCAAGGUGGUCAUCACCAACCAUGGGCUCUCCUGAUGAUUGUUAUAUCAUAAAGUAAAUAAAGUACAUCUGUGUCAAAAUAGACCAGUAUAUGGCAGUAUCUUAGAACCAGUAAGAAUAACUGCUCUUCUUAUCCAUGCUAAUUUCGCAGUGUGGCUGGAAUUCCCCUUUUGACCCCACACUGUCCGUAACCACACUGCAAUUGGGCAGCCAAUACCUCCACCACUACCCACAAAACACCCCUACUGUAUUAAAUGCUUUGUUUCUGCAGCAAGUUAGAGAUGAGGACACAUAACAGUCUGUGGUGCUUAGCACUUAGUGGUUAAGUGACUUCUUAAAGUUCCUCAUUUCCAACAGGAAUAAGGGACCUAGUAGUUAUUGACCUUAGCAAAGGGAAGUAAUGUGUGGGGCACUUUGAGACAACAGAGUGUGGCUAGCAUUCUCACUGAAUCUAGCUGCACUCUUAUAGAUUGUGUGGCCUGGUCAGUGUUAAGCAUCUCUUGUGAAGUGAUUGUAAGGCAGGUUGUUGUCCUGAAUAGCCUGUUCAUUAGUCAGUGCAUUUGAAAAAUUUGGACCCUUCGUUCAAAUGCAGCAGUAUUCUGAUGCCUCUGGCUACUUGUAUGAUCGAGGCACCUGCAAACACUUCCGAGACUUUCGGCUGAACAGAUACUGUAUGUUAUUUAUAGCAACUACUAUGUCACGUGGUGGGUUUUUUAAAAAGAUUUUGGCAUCUGUGCCAACAUGACAAGAAGGUAUCCAGGUGAUAUUCACCAGCCCUGGGGACUAAUGGGUAAAACAGAACCUGCUUUAUAUUUAUUGAAUUGUGACUGUAUUUGUUGAUUUUUAAUUUUUUUUUUUUAAUUUUCAGUUAUUUAAACGGGUAGCAUUGGUCCACUGUGAAAAAAAACAAUCAUUCUGCACCCUGUAUUUUUGUUUGAAUUUGGAUAUCUACAGUAUAUUAUACUCAUUCAUGCUUCAUGGUGUUCAGUUUCAAUAAAUAAACACAAU